GGCUCCGGCUGGCUCCCACGUCCCCUCUAGUCUCUCUCUGCUUCUCUCCUCCUUCACAGGGUGACACGUCUGCAGGGUGAGUGAGUGGCAUUGGCAGACUGUCAAUCCCUCACCAAAGCGGCCAUCAAACAACAUAAAACACACACAGUCACUGAGCUGCUGGGCUCAUAAAUUCCAGCUGGCGGAUAUUUUUGCACAUUGCUUUGCAGAGAGUGUGUAAUUAAUUUUUUUCUUUACUCUCCCCCCUUUUUUAAAAAAACCCAACAUCCGCUCUUUUCUUUUGCACAAGUUGAAACUUUUUUGCUGCUAUUUUAUCUAUCCGUUGCACAGACAAGACAGACAUUGGAAUCGUUUGUUAUGUAUGUGUGUGUGUUUUUUUCCGAGACGGGGAAAGGACAAUCAUUUUUCCCUCCCACCGGCUGCAUUUUCUUGUCUACUUUUUCUUCUUUUUUUUUUUAACGUUGCAAUUAGGGGCUGGGGGUGUCUGCUUGGUUUAUUGUGAUUUUUAAAAUCCCCUACCGUGUGUCACACUCGUAACUUUAAGGAUUUGAAAGUAAGUUUUAUCCCGUUCCCCUCUUUUUUCUUCCCCCCCCCCCCCCUUGCUGCAUUUUUACAAAAUUUUCGUCCUCUCUGUUUCCAAGAAAAGGGUUUUCAAAGGAGGAAAAAAAAACAAAGACAAGUAAGAGAAAAGACAUAGACGAGCAACUAACUUUUUUUUCUUUCCCCCCUUCCCCCUUAAAGGAAAUAAUAAAGCCUUUGGGUGAAGAUUUGUACCAAAGGAAAGAAAACUUCAGACACCUUAUCAAGGCCGUUUAUCCGAACCACAAAUAUUGUGAUGAAAGAAGAUUGUAACUAAAGAAGAGAGUGAUUUACUGCUCUGGAAAGCAGAAGAGAGAGUGGAAUAAACAACGGAGAUCCGGUCAAAUAUCAAACACUGAUCCCCCCUUCUCUCAGGAGCAGGAACUGAAAUUCAUUACAAGAACAAGAGAUUUACUUGCAUUUUCUCUCUCCCCCCCCCCCCAAUCUUCCAAGCACAAAACCACCUUAUCGUGAAGCGCUUCUUUCCCCCCCCCCUCCCUCCUCCUUCGCCUCCUCCUUCUCCGGCGUGCCGUUUCUUCUUCUGCUGCCUCCGUUGCCGCCUCUCCAAGUGCAUUGAUUGGGCUGCGGUAGGAGGCAUGGAUGAGCAGUCCAGGAUGUUGCAGACUCUCGCCGGCGUGAACCUGGCUGGCCACUCGGUACAGGGGGGCAUGGCUCUGCCUCCUCCCCACGGACACGAAGGGGCCGACGGCGAUGGCCGCAAGCAAGACAUAGGAGACAUCCUCCACCAGAUUAUGACCAUCACGGACCAGAGCUUGGAUGAGGCGCAAGCAAAGUUGGUCUCAUUAAAACAAAAAAUCCCAAUGUUGUGUAUAUAUUUGUGUGUGUGUGUGUAUGUGUGCAUGUGCGCGCGUGCGUGUGUAUGUAUGGUGCGCUCGUGUGUGUGUUUAUAUGCGUGGCGCUUUUUGUUGUUGUUUCGCUCCUUGCUGUCUCCUGCUGGGACCAAAUAUUCUUGCAAUUAAGACAACCCUUUUAAUACUAGAGGAGAAAUGCGCGGGGGGGGGGGGGCACAGACCAGGGGCAACAGCCGGAGUUGGUCUGAAUAAGGGAGAGAGAAAAGAAGCACAAUAUACAUGUGCAAAGAUUCCUUCCUCCCACCCCCCACCCCAAAAUCUGUCUUAUUGCACUAAUGCUUGGAGCUGGGCUGUUGCUGAUAACCUUUCCUUUAUUAGGAUGAUGCCCUCAUUUAAGGGGUGGGGGUAGAAUCGGCCUGCCAUCCCAUGCUGUUCUCAUCUUGGAGGGUUUGCGUUUUCUUUCAAAGAAGUGUGAACUUUGUAGUGCGCUGCACAACCCCCAAAUUGGUGUUUCUCUGGAGUUAGAUUGAUUUAAAAAUUAAAAGAGUGAGGAAAUAUUACAGGGUGCAAGAGAUUGGGAGAAACAGUUCCUCCCCUCCUUUUUUUUCCUUAAAAGAAAUUAUUAUUUUUAAUAUAAAUUGCAGUAAAUACAAAACAAAGCAUAUAGUUGAACUCUGGAAAUCCCCUCUCUUCAUAAAUCAGUGAUGAUGAUAUAGCAAAUUGGAAAGCUUUGACAAGCUGUGAUUUAUGCAUGAGAAGAAAUGGAAGGAAAUUUUCGCAUCAGGUUUCUGGGGUUUUGUUUUUUAAAAACAACAACGAUAAUUUUAAAAUGAAACAAAACAAAAACUUCUUCGGUUUCUCUUCCUGGCUGUAAGUGGCAGACAGGGCGGCUGGGGUUGGCUGGGUUUUCUUCUUGUCACUUAGUCUUCACUUCCUGAUGAAGGAGAAGGCAGUUGACCCUCUUGCCACCCACCCCCAACUCAGUUUGUACCUAUGGUGAUUAAGUUCAAACAUCCUUACCUUUCUCCUUAACGUAGGUACUCUGUCCACAUUGGGAUCACUCCUGUUGCCCUCUUGAGCCUAGCUUCAGCCUUCCCCAUCAAAAGCUAUACCCUUAUUCCUUGUCAACUUUAGUUAUUCCUUUGCAUAGAUCAGAAUGCAAAGAGUAACAUGUAAAGACUUCAGUUAAAAAUUAUUUUCCCCUCCUUUGCAUUAAGAUGCCAGGCUUGUGCUAAUACCUUUUAAAAAAUCUUUUAUUUUGCAGAAAGCAUGCACUGAACUGCCACAGAAUGAAGCCUGCUUUGUUCAGUGUCCUCUGUGAAAUCAAAGAGAAAACAGGUAGGAGACCACAAGUUACACAGCUUUUGAAAUGAACCCCUUUCCCUCUCUCCCCCCAAUAGGUAAACAUUGCAAUAUACUUCUCUCAGCGAGCUCUAGGAGAGCUGCUUUAGGAACCGCAGCCAUCUUUGAUCAUCACCUCCUUGUCUGUUUCUGAUCUUUGGGUUGGGAGGCAGAGGCGAAUGUAAUCAAUCAGGAAUGCUUUUUAAAAAAACAAUUCAUAAUCCUGCUGCAGAAUGAAAUGUAAAUGAAAAUGGUAGUGUAUCACCUAUUCAGGGUAAAUUCCCCCUCUCGCUGCAGUCAGGGAAAGUAAAAGCAAGGAUCCGGCUUUCUUUCCCCUCCUCCUCUGCCUUGUUUUGAGUAUCUGCUUCUUAAAGAAGCAAUGCAAGAGGCUGGAGAAGCCAAUUACAGCCAGUGGCCCCUCUGUGUGAGAGACCGAAAGAGCCAGCAACUUUCUUGAGCCACUCUUGUAUUUUUGAUUUUGUCAGUACCAGUUUAUAUGUAACUGAAAGGAGUCAGUCAAUAGCUCUGAGCUCCCACAUUUUGUAGGAAAAUUAUGGGUGUUCAGAUGUGCGUUGGGAAGACAUUCUUGACGUGUGUUCUAUGCACAUCUUUACACAGAGGGGGGAAAUACAUAUAUGUACAUAUAUUUUCUGUGGAUAUUUUUGGCAAGAGACUUUGCCUCUGAAAAUGGGGGCAACAUGUCAAAGAGAAAGUACCUAAUCAGAGAAAGCAUCUUGUAGAACUAAGGCUUAACAGGACAGUCGAGCUGUGUGCUUUCACACUGAAUGAAGUGUGAGAGAUUGAAAACCACCUUCUCAACAAUUGGGUCCACAAGAGAUAAAUAUCUUAAUGUUCAUAAUUCAGCUCAUAAAGCUAAAAUUCUACUUUCAGACAUUUGAUCUGAGUUGUCACUAACUGCGAUUAGCAUCUGUGUGGCACUUGACUUCAGCGUAUUGUUGUUUGUAUAGAUCUUCCAAAACUCCCUCCCCCGAACUGCAUGGCAUGCUGAAAGGCCUGGUAGAUACUGCAAGUGUAAGCAUGUCUAAGGAAGGCAUACUGCUUGUGUGCAUGAUAGAAUAGAAAUGCUGGAAUAUAUAAAAGCCAGUGAGUUUUUAAAAACAACAAGAAGCAGGCCUUUUAAAAGAGGUUCUGUACCUCUGUGUGUGUACAGGAAAUCCAGCAAUGUCUGUCUUUUUGCAUAGCAGUUACUUUAAAAAUGCUACAACAAUCCUGCUGUCAAGCAGUUGGACUUCUUAUUCUUUAAUAUAAGAUGAUGAUAAAAAUGCCUUGUUGUUACAGUAGAACUUUGUGCACAUACUCUGUACCUAAUGGGGGUGGGGGAGUCAAGGAGAUGAGAAAUCAUUAAUAGUAAACAACCCCUGACUGUAUUGGAGCUAAAAAGAACAAAAUCCUGAAAGUGUCCCGUGACCUCUUGGGCAGCACGAGGUCUCCAGCAGCCAAAGUGCUUAAAGUCUCUGUGUCCUUAAUAUUUUAGCUACCACCGAAAACUAAACUAUUCUCUUUUGGCAGAAGGCAAAAACUAUGUAUUGACAACAGCAGAUUUCAGUUAUGUAGGUUUGGGUCCCUGUGAUAUUUUAUUCACAGACAGCUUAAACCUUGUCUAUUUGAAAGAAAAGUUUAGUUGACCAGUGUCAAAGGCGAGUUCAGAAGAAAGAAAGUCCUUUUCCGGGCUAAAGCACUGCUGGCGUAGGUUCUAUUCUAGAAGAAAAGAGGCUGAUAAGUUAUCUGGAAUAUUGGGUGAAUUUGGUCACCAGCUUAAAUGCUGUUCUGUCAUCCACAAGUUAUAUUUUUCUAUGAAAUAAUGGAGGCACAACUUUAUUGAUUACACAAAUAAUGAGGUAUAUGGUAGAACAGUACUUAUAAUCUAAAGCACAGUCUGGCAUGCAGGAAGCACAUAUUUUAAUUAUUAAUUUUUGUUCCUUCUUUCUGCCUUCAUAUAAACUCUUGUAAAUAAUAAUUGUUGAUACAAAGUACCUCUUUUGUGGUCAACAAAUCAAGCAAUAUUUGUUGUUAUACAUCAUUUUGUGUCUGUUUAAACUGUGAUGGUUUUGGCAUAUACACUUUGACAUAACUUUGUUAGCAUAUUUGGAUACUUUUCUCUGAGUGUUUGCGGUUGUUUUAUUUUUUAUUUUUAUUUUGUUUAAUUGUUGCAUGUCAUAUGUUCUAAAAUAUAUGUUAAAAAAUUAAAAACAACAACAACAACAAAGGGAUGGCUUCUCCAUCUGCGCAGAAGUGCGGUCCUUACCAACUCAAGAAGCUUAGGAGUGGUGGAAUUGAUAUGUUGAGUGAUUGAUGAAGGAAAAAUGCAUCUCCCCUCCCCACCCCCAUGAGUUUUUAUAAGGCAACUCUCAUUCAGGAUUGCCCAUCUGAGAUGAAAUGGCUGAGUACACAUUAGCAAGGGAAGCAUGAAAGCAAAUUCUUGCAUAUCUUGUAUUGUCUUAUUCUGGAAGGUGUGGGGGGGGGAGGCGAUUUCCAAAUCUUCCUCCAGUGUUCUGAUCCACUCUUGGGACUCCCUUCUUUCCUAAUAUUUUACGCUGUUCUUUUUUUAUAUACUUGUAUGUUUCCGUAUAAAUUUUAAACUUUCAGAAUAAAGACGUGUGUGUGUUGUUGUUGUUGUUGUUGUUGUUGUUGUUGUUGUACCAGUGGGAUUCCUGCCCCAUUUCCCUGCUACCCCUCUGCUAUUCUACUGUGUGAUUUGAUCCCAGUAAUUCCAGGCAGUUUCUUUGUUUCUUUUGCUUUACAAAAAUGUAGCAUAGUAAAAGAGAAGCAUUUGUUUUCCUCCAUUUCUCAUAGAAAAAAAAAUAUUGUCAUUACUCUUUGAUAGGGAAAAUGGAGAAGUAAGAUUGAAAGUGGGAAAAGGGAGGCACAUAGUAAUCUUGGCCUAAAACAGUAAUAUUAGACUUGUUUGUUCUGGUAGAUCUAGGGUGGUGCUGUCUGAAACUGAAAAGCAAUGCUUUUAUCUUUGAAAAUAAUUAGAAUUAUUUGCAGUCAGUGAUAAAUUUGACCACAAGAUCCUUAAACAUACUGUACUUAAAAAAACCACACCACACAGCUUACAAGUACUGCCUUGUAGGGCUAAAUAUGUAUCUCUUCUCGGGUUCUGAGGUACUUCACAAUCAUUAAAAUUGUCUGUAGUAAUUGUUUAUUUCCAUUUGUAUAAACAACCAUGUUGAAAAUAAUUCAUUUAUGUUUCUAGGAUCUGAUUGGAUAGGUGUGCUUAUCUUUCCUUUUUAAAAAUACAGGGGUAUUCUUUUAAGGGCAGGGAAUAAAAGAAAUAGCUGUAAAUGAUAUUCUGUCUCCCGCACUGAUAUCUAGAUAUCUAGAGGCAGGUCAAGGUAAUAGGCAUUUCAAAACGGCAUCUGUUUUGAUUUUUAACACAAUGGGAGAAAAUGAACCAUAAAACAUUGGGAGUCCUCUACUAUUGUGUUACGGCUUUCCUAUUAAUCUGUACCUUUUAUUUCUGUCAUGCAAAAUCCAAAGUUAUUUGCUAAGGUUGCUUGUUUUGUUUUGUUUGCUACCCCUUCUUGUUUAAGGGGUUCCUAGUCUGAUCACCCCAGCCUCCAGCUCAAAGGCGAUGUAUCUGAAUUAACUUAAUAUGAGAGUACAUUAAUUCUGACGGUUUCUAAAGCAAGUUGGGAAUUGCAAUCAUUUCCCGGCAGACUGUUCAUGACUGAGAUCUGAACCAGUAUCUGAGCUUUGUUGUUUAGUCGUUUAGUCGUGUCCGACUCUUCGUGACUCCAUGGACCAGAGCACACCAGGCAUUCCUGUCUUCCACUGAGUAUCUGAGCUAUAUGUUCUAAAUUUCUGCAUGUGAAUGUGUGUGUGCUUGUAUGAGUGAAAGAAAGAAUUGUGUCUGUCUUUCUUUAAGAGUCAAAUAUGACAGCUGCCAACCAAACCCUAAUUUAAUGCCACUACAACCCUAAAUCGCAUUCAUUCACUAGUAACUCCUAAUGGCAUACAUGAUACCUUGCCAGAUUUGUGGCCUUUGUGAGGUUUAUAAACGGGGACUGACUUAGGGAGAUAAUAAAACUUAAUGAACUUCUUGGGUACAGGAGGUGUCUGCAGGUCUGUUUCCAUGGCUCAACAAUUUAUUAAAAAGUUUUUAAAGUAGCAAUUUUUUAUUCUCCAGUCCUUAGUGUCUCAAGUCCUCAUAUCAAAAACUUGUUUUGUUUCCCCUCUUAAUAGAAAUGCCUUAGUCACACAUGUGAACUGAAAUUAACAAUAGAGUUAACUUCUUGUUUCCAACAUAUGCCAAAACCAUUGGUGUUAUUGUUGCAGUUGUAACUAGCCAUGUAAUGCCACUCCGCAGAGAACAUUUCCCAUUAUCUCUCUGUAGCCACAUGGGUGUUCAAGGGCCAGCUCAUGAAUAUGUCUUACUUUCAUCUCUUGUAGUUAUGCAGACUAGUCAGUAUAAUGCAGCAAGACCUUAAUGAUUUCCUUCUGCUGUAAGAUAUUGAAAAUAAGUAACAAGUCUCCAUCUUAAAAGAGCAAAAGAACUGUUUCCAUUGAACUUUUCAGUAAUCACAAGCUGGCACAGACACUGUAGAGGUAAAAAACCCCAGUGACUAAUAUUUAAACUGUUUAAAAGUUUGACCGGGUUGCUCUUCUUGAAAAUAAAUAUGAAGUUGUGAUAUGUUCAGCUGGUUUAAAGUUAUUUUGUUUUAACCUUAAUUGCUUCAGAAUGAGAAUUGUAAUCUUCCCCAUUCUCCCCCCCCCCCCCCACACUCUGUACUAUACUGUUAGGAAUUAAAUUAAAAUGCAGGGCUCACUGUCAGUGGUAUUCUUUACUAUUACAAACC